AGAAAGCGGGGCGGGGGGGGUGUUCCUUCCUCUCCGGCCCGUAGAGCGGGGCGAGCGGCAGAGGCCCGGCCGUCAGCGGAGUCGCCGCCGGCGGUACCGGCGCCAUGUUCCGCCGCAAGCUCUCGGCACUUGACUACCACAACCCGGCCGGCUUCAAUUGCAGGGAUGAAACAGAAUUCAGAAAUUUUAUUGUCUGGCUCGAAGACCAGAAAAUCAGACACUACAAGAUUGAAGACCGAGGGAAUUUAAGAAACAUACACAGCGAUGACUGGCCCAAAUCAUUUGAAAAGUAUAUGAAAGACGUAAACUGUCCUUUCAAAAUACAAGAACGACAAGAAACAGUGGACUGGCUUCUCGGCUUAGCGGUUAGGCUCGAGUAUGGAGAUAAUGCUGAUAAGUAUAAGGAUUCUACCCCGGAUGGUGCUAAAAAUACUGACAAUACAGCAAAAAAUGCAGAACCGCUGAUUAACUUGGAUGUGAAUAAUCCUGAUUUUAAGGCUGGAGUGAUGGCUUUAGCUAAUCUGCUUCAAAUUCAGCGACAUGAUGAUUACUUGGUAAUGCUUAAGGCAAUUCGCAUUUUGGUUCAAGAGCGCUUGACGCAGGACGCCAUAGCGAAGGCCAGUCAGUCCAAGGAGGGUUUGCCUGUUGCUUUAGAAAAGCACAUUCUUGGUUUUGACACAGGAGAUGCUGUUCUCAAUGAAGCUGCCCAAAUUCUCCGACUGCUGCAUAUAGAGGAGCUCCGAGAGCUGCAAACAAAAAUUAACGAAGCAAUUGUAGCAGUUCAGGCGAUUAUUGCUGAUCCCAAGACGGACCACAGACUGGGGAAAGUUGGGAGAUGAACAGAUAAAGGCUUUUAGUCUCUUGUGUACUUAGUACAAUUAGGAACUACGUACAACUGUACAACUCUGGCAUGCAGUUUGAAAUGGUAUUACUUUACUGUUUUGAAAGAAAGCAGGAAAUUGAAUUCUGACUUCUAAUGAGUUACCAUUUUUCUUUAAAUAAAUGAAGUUGGGGAAAAUA